UGAUGAUGAUGACGAUAAAAAAAUAAAAGAUCAAUUACAAGAUCAUUUUUUAGAAUUAUUAUUCAGUGCAACAUUUUUGCAAGAUACAGAAAAAUUAAAUUUUGGUCUUUAAAACAAUUUUAAUUACAUCAGUUGGUACUUGUUAUAUCUGAUCAUGAUGAUGAUGUUGAAUUAGAUAAACAAGUUGGUGAUUUUAUUGGUCAAAAAAUCCACAAGAAUUAACUGAGGGUGCUGUUGAUUGUUGAACCAGAGUUUUUUAAUAUAUACUGGCAAUAAAUUAAACAUGUCAAGCAAUUAAUAUUAAAAAACAAUGACAUCAUGCUGUCAAUAUUCUGAUUUAAAAAGCUCUGUGUAUAAUCAAACUGGUGAAGGAUAUUUUGAUCAAUUAAAAGCUUACAAUCACAUGACAACACAUUUAAAAAAAGUAUAUCAAGCAAAAUGUGUUGUUGAUUCAAGAAAUCAAAAUUAUUUAAUAAAUAAACAACAAAGAUGUCGUUCUCUGUGUCGUGAUAAAUCAUUGGAAAAAUGUACAUCACAAGAUGUCAUUGAUAGAUUAGCAUUUGAUACUCAACAUCAUCCAAUUGAUGUUUUAAGAAUGGGUUGUAAUGUAAACAACAACUGUAAAAUUUGUACAAAAAAUACAAAAAAACCGUACUUUGAUAAUUAUUAUUCUGGAUGUCAUAAAACAACGAGGGACACAAAUCAUCGUAGUAGAAGUAGAACAAGAAUAUGUUCAACAGCACCAAGUUUUCAUUCAGCAAGACCAGAUAAAUGUAUUAAAAAAAGAUGUAAAAAUCAAACAUUUGAUGUACUUAAUCAAGAAGUUGAAAUAUCAAUAACCCCUGCUGAUAAUAGAGGCCAAUUAAGUAACAGAUCAUCACCAAGAUCAACAAAAAGUCGUUAUAAUGAUGAUCCAACAUGUUCAAAUUAUGCAUCAAGUUUUGAAACAUCACCAGACACAUCAAGAAACACAUCACCAGUUGCUAAUUAUUCCCAAACAAAUAAAAGUAAUAAAAAAUUAAAUAAAAAUACGUCAAAUACAUUAUCAGAUGAUGAAAAAUAUUCAACUUUUUUAUAUGAAAUAACACAAGAAAUUGUACAAAAUAAAUAUUACACUGAUGAUGAAUUAAAAAGUGUGUUUAAAAAACAUAUGAGACAAAAUUCUGGUUUACUUGACAGGAAUAAAAUGUUGUAUGAAAUUUAUCAACUGAAGCUUUCAUUGAACAUGAAUGAUAAUGACAAUGACGAUGAGGAUGAUGAACAAAUUGAAGAUUUUUUACAAUCACAAAAAUACACAUCAAAAUCACCAGUAAAACCACCAACACCACCAAAAAUACUUGAUGAAAAUAAAAUAAUUGAUAAAAUAAAAAAUCAAGAUGAGCUUAAAAAAACUUAUAGUCGUUCACCAAAUAAUGGAAGAAAUACUGUUGUUCUUGUUGAUGCUAAUCCAGAGUUACUUGUUACUGAACGUGAUAUAUUAAUAACACUUAUGGAAAUGAAUUUAGAUGCACAACAAGUUAAUAAAAUAUAUAGAAAAUUACAAAAUAAAAGUAAAGAUUUAUUUAUAAAUAAAAAUGAUAAUAAAUUAUCAAAUAAGUAUGUACAAUCAAGAUUUACAAAAUGUGGAAGUUUACAAAGUGGUAAAUGUGAUAAUGAUAAUUGUGAAUUAUCAAAUGAUCCAAGUGAUAAAAAUUCAACAGAAGAAAUUAAAAGUUUAUUUAUUAAAAAUUCAAGUUGUAAUAAAAAUAAAAAUAAUUCUGUUGACAGUUAUACAAGUGGAAAAUUAUCAGAUGAAAUUAAAAAUAUGUAUAUCAGAAGUUCAUCAUUAAAAAAUGAGCCAGAUGGAAAAAGAAAUUCAUCAAAAUAUAACAACAGUUUGAGGUCAUCAGAAAAUAAUAAAAAUUCAAUGAUUAUGCCAAUGAAAAAUCAAUCAUAUAGCAACAAUUCAAAGUCAUUAAAAAAUCAUACAGAUAGUAAUAGUUCAAGGUCAUUAAAAAGUCAUUCAGAUAAUAAAAGUUUAUCAAAGAAUAAUUCAGAUAGUAAGAGUUCAAAGAUGUCAUCAAAAAAUAGUAUUGAUAAUAACAGUUCAAAAACAUUAAAAAAUAAUAAUUCGGAUAAUAGUUAUUCAAGUAGAAAAUCAUAUGGUGAAAUGUUUGAAGAUCAAGAUGAAGAUGAAGAUGAAGAUGAUGAUGAAGAAGAAGAUGAUAAUUUAAGUCUUGAAAAUAAUUCAGAGUUGAGAAUUUCAAAGCGUUCUGAUGAUCGUUCAAGAUCUAAAAGUGCUGAUGAAAGACUACAAAGUAUUCAAGAAGUAUCAGUGGAGAAUGACACACAAAUAAUAUCAGAUGAAGAUGAAGAAAAUUAUUAUUCAAGUGACGAAGACAUUGAAGAAGAAGUUACUGAUGAAUCUGAAGACGACGAGGCACCAAGUUACAUUAAAAAAUCAAAUUCAUCAAAAUCAAAUGUCUCAUUAUCUGAUAACUAUGAAGAAUCAAUCGACGAAGAUUUAAAUAUUACCUAAAAAUUAACUACAAACAUUUAUAAAUAAUCAAAA